AUGCUUCCCACCCCCUGCACCGGGCACGUCUCCUUCGACACGAUCUACGAACCCGCCGAAGACAGCUACCUCUUCCUGGACACACUCUCCUCCGCCAGCGAAACCGCCUGGCUGACCCAGCACUUCCCCCCGCAAGUCCCCUCCCCCACCGUGCUAGAGGUGGGCUCCGGCUCCGGCGUCGUCCUCGCCUUCCUGGUGGCAAACAGCCCCACGAUCCUCGGCCGCGGCGACGUGCUCUCGCUAUCCACGGACCUCAACCGCACCGCCUGCCUGGCGACCCGCGAGACUGUCGCGAAGGCCAUUGCGGCGCAGCAGACAACCCCAAACACGAGCCCAUCCACCAACACCGACGCUGCGCCCGGCUCCCAAUCACCAUCCCCCAGCGCCAACCCCUCAAUAAAGUCGACACACCUCUCCUCCUGCCAGAGCAACCUCGCCUCCUCUUUUAAACCAGGGAGCAUCGACAUCCUCCUCUUCAACCCGCCCUACGUCCCCACCGAAGCCGUCCCGCGCGCCCCGACGGCGGCGGAUUUUGAUGCAGACCCGACGUCACGCGGCGAGCAGUUCGAGCGCGAAUCCUACCUCCUCUCCUUGACGUACGCCGGUGGCAAGGAUGGGAUGGAGAUCACGGAGCGGCUGCUGGCGGAUCUGCCCCGGGUGCUGAGCGCGCGCGGGGUCGGGUAUGUGUUGCUCUGCGCGCAGAAUCGGCCGCGCGAGGUGGUGGAGCGGAUUCGGGGGUGGACCGAGGGGCUGGAUGCGGAGGGCGAGGGGAAGAGGAGGCGGUGGUGCGCGGAGAUGGCUGGGUUUAGUGGGACGAAGGCGGGGUGGGAGAAGUUGGUGAUUGUGAGGGUUUGGCGGGAGGAUUUAUAG